AUGGCUACUCUCCACCACCCCCAUCCCUAUUACGUCAUUGUUCUUUUCUCGUUCGCACUUCAGAGAGCUGCAACCACAGAGCAUCACCUACCGAGAAAAAUCGACUUCGAGAAGGAAUUAAAAAAUGGCAGCUUCCCCAUACCACAUCCUGUUUUUCUGGUGUCUUUGGUUAUGUUUGUGGUGGCCUUCGUUUUUAUAGCGCUGUGUUUGGGCAAGAAUAAAGACAAAAACAUGACAGAAGAGGAGAAGAGGAAGGCGAAAGCCGCGAAAAAAGCUGCAAAAGACGCAGAAAAUGCGCGAAAAAAAGCGGAAAAGGAACAAAAAAAGCUGGAAAAAAGGAAGAAGAAAGAGGAGGCCAAGAGGUUAAAGAUGGAGAGGAAGAAUAAAGGAAAGAAGGUGGAACCUGUGGCCAAGCCCGCCGCUCCACCGACCACUGUGAACAACCCGCCACCUGCCGACAACAUCAACAAUCACAACAACGUUACUAAUCCCAACGUCAGCAACAACAACAACAACAGUGCCGUACCGAUUGUUCAAUGCAAAGACUUCAACCAAAACGAAAACAAUAUACAGAAAGCGGAGCUCACUCAGCCGCAGGUCCACGUAAAUUUUGUCGACGGUACAAAACCAAGCAUCCUCCGGCCAAACGUACCCCCAACUGACCCCAAACUACGGGCCUCAAUGGACUCAGUGGUAGCAGCUCUGAAAGACAAACAAGCUACUAAUGAGAGUUGUAAAAAUUGUUGUAAUUGUAACUGUAGGCUGAACGUGCAGUCGAACCCGCCGAUUUCGGAUGACAGCAACUUAAAAACCACCACCAACAACAACAACAUUGGCGCAUACAUCAAUAACAAUAGCAACAACAACAGCAACAACAACAACAACGAGAUGAUAAGCAAAGUUAAGAUGAAUGAACUGAAGACAUAUUUCAAGAGCAAGACCCCAUCAACAUCCGGACCGGCAACACAAACCGCCCAAUCCUUCUCUCACAACUCAAAAAAAAGUCCCAACGCCGUCAACAAUCCUGUCGGGACAGUCGGUACAAAAAACUCAAGUACCGUUGGUAACACGCCGAGUCAGUUCGGUAUGCCGAAAUCGAUAAGUUUGUUUAAAUUUGGUGACAACAUAGACAACGCCCCAAAGCAGCAGCAACAACAACAACAAACAUCGUCAUACGUUAAUGGUAAUAACACUUCAAAAAACCCGAUUAUAGCAAAUGCUGAUACUAGAAAUGCUGCUACUACUACUCCUACUACAACUACUACUACUACUAGCAUUCCUUCAACUACUACUACUAUUACCAACAACCACACGACAACGACGACGUCAUCAGCUCCGAUCCCGCUAAAUAUCAAAAGAAACAUUUCAGUGAUGGGCAAAAAUCCGAAUGGUGUACCGACUCGGCCCGGUGAAGAUGUCGGUCCAUUUCAAAUUCGCUGUACCGAACUCGUAGAAUUCCCCGACAUCGAAACGUUUCGCCACUGCGCCGGCGGACGCUCGGCGUUCGACGAUUAUGACGCUAUGGACAAUUUCGGCCAAAAUUCUUUUUUAUCCUUUCUGUACCCGCGAGCCAAACAGCAAAAACAACUCCAACAACAACCACAGCCGCCACAACAACCUCUUGAUCUGACUAAACCAUCAUUAUACAGAACAGCAAGCGGGAACAACCUGGCAUCAACUGCCCAUCACAGCAACAGCAUCAACUAUUACCACAAUAACAGCAAUAACAUCAACAACUUGGAUGACGACAAAUCAAUCUACUUGACGCCUCACGAUCGAAUUUCACUUUUAAACAUUCAAAAAAGCAGAAAAAGAUCAAGUAGUACAAGCGACUUAAUCCCAUGCAACAGACAACUUGCGCACUGCAACAACAACAACAACAACAAUAACAACAACAACAACAAUAAUAAUAAAUAUAAUUUUUCUCAACCCAUCUACAAGACAGCAGCUGAAGCAAAUGGUCAGCAGCUAGCAGCCAAUAGCACGGCGAUGCCAGCUAGAGAAAGCACGCAUUCAUCAUUAAACGCCGAUGAUAACUCCAAAAUUGAUUGCUUGAAGAACAACACAAUCGAUAAUAAUAAUAAUUACUAUAAUAAUAACGUUAAUAAUAAUAAUGGUAAUAAUAAUAAUGGUAGUGGUGGUUUUUUCAGACGGUUUAGUAAAACCGUAUCCGGCUUGUUGUUUGGCGAUGAAGUGGCUUCCGCAACGACACUACCAACAACGACAUCUGAUACUGCAUCUUCUGUCAGUUUGCCACCGAUGUUUGCACAACAACCACAACAGCAACUAAAACAGCUACAACAGCAGCAGCAUCAACAACAACUGCAGCCACAACAGCAGCAGCAUCAACUACUGCAGCCACAACAGCAGCUACAACAGCAGCUGCAGCUGCAACAAACACAACCACAACAGCAGCUACAACAACCACAACAGCAACUGCAGCUGCAACCACAACAGAAGCAACAACAACUAAAUACUGAUAUGUACUAUAACAAUUUUGCGAAGACAACAACAGCCACAGUGACUACUACUACAGCUACAAACGCUUCCAUUGCUACAAUUACAACGCCCGUAAUGUUUGCUCAACAAAAUCAGCAACAACAACAACAUCAACAACAACAAAUUUCAACAAACAAAAAUAAUUCACAGCCCAACAAAGAAAUGCAGACGCUAAGCGCCCAGCAGCUGCUAAUGUUAGCUGCCCAGUUAGCUGCUGAAAACAAUUUGUUACCUGCUACUACAGUUACGACAGCAGCGUCUGCAACUAAAACUACAACUGCUACUACAUUUACUGCUGCUGUUGCUGCUACUACUACAACUAUUUUUUCUACUCCAACUACAUUUCAGACUCCUCCCGAAGUGAGUAUAGCAUUACCUUCCUUUUCCACAUCAUCUCCAGUCACUUUUUCAUUGACAACCUCGCCAUAUUCAAUACUCUCAGCUGCAGACGCUUCAACAACAACGUCAACAUUUUUGGCGCCAAAACUAACAACGACAUCAUCGUUAUCAUCAUCAUUGGCACCCUCUCUUACGAUGACUAUUUCAGCCCUACCAUCAAAGCCUAUAUCUUCCUUCUUUGUUUCUUCAUCUUUCAAUCAAACUACAACAAUGACAACAACUUUCACCGACAAUAACCCUGUCUUAUAUUUGCCAGAAAGAAGCGAAAAACCGAUAUUAGUUCAGAAUCAAAAAUUGAACGAGCAAUUACCUCAACAACAACAACAACAACAAUUUAUGCAAAAUCAAAAGAAUUAUGAAUAUUUGCAGUACAUGGAGCAACAACUUUACGAACAUCAACCUCAACAACAACAACAUCAGCAGCUACAACAGCUCUAG